AUGUUGGCAGAGCCGGUGGACGUGCUGAAGGCGCUGCAGUUCCAGGCCCAGCCGGCCGGCGUGCGGAAGACGACGGGGCUCUGCCCCGCCAGGCGGACAGGGACGGGGCCGGACGUGGCCUACAGGAUAUCACGGCAGGCACAGAUCAGCGCCCCCACCAGGCAGCUCUUCUCAGGGAAGUUCCCAGAGGAUUUCUCCAUCAUGGCCCUGGUGAAAGCCAAGGCCGGGACCCAGGCGUUCCUGCUCUCCAUGUACGACCAGCACGGCACCCAGCAGCUGGGCGUGGAGCUGGGGCGCUCGCCCGUCUUCCUCUACCAGGACCAGAGCGGCCGGCCCGCCCCCGAGGACUACCCGCUCUUCCGGGGCAUCAACCUCGCUGACGGCAAGUGGCACCGGCUGGCGCUGAGUGUGCACAAGCACUCGGUGACGCUGAUCCUGGACUGUAAGAAGAAGGUGACGCGGCCGCUGCCCCGGGGCCCCCGCCCGGUGAUCGACACCCGCGGCAUCACUGUCUUUGGCACCCGCAUCCUCGAUGAGGAGGUCUUCCAGGGUGACAUCCAGCAGCUGCUCAUCGCCCCGAACCCGCAGGCGGCCUAUGACUACUGCGAGCACUACAGCCCCGACUGCCACGCCCAGCCCCAUGCGCCCCAGGCACAGGAGGUGCAGCAGAGACCUGCCAGGCCCGAGUACUUUGAUGAGGAGAUGGAGUACUAUGAGUACCCCGACUCUUACGGGAAUAAAGAGGAUGGGAACGCGCCCCUCCCCACGCCUUUGGGGGGCAAAGUGGAGCAGAAACCCGCUGGGCCGGGCCGCAAGGCGCCCGUCAAGCCGGCGCCCAAGCAGCAGAAACGGCAGCAGCUGAUGAGCACGGCCCCAGCCUACGGCAAAGCCCCCGGCGGCGGGAAAUCCCCCGGCAACGCCAAGUCCCCCGGCAACGCCAAGUCCCCCAGCAACGGCAAAUCCCCCGGCAACACAAAGUCCCCUGGCAACGCAAAGUCCCCUGGCAACGCCAAGAUGGCAGCUGGGGGGAAACACCUGGCCGUGAAAAAUGCCCUGGGCAAGGCCCAGACGGGGGGCAAGGCCUACGCUGGCGCCGGCGCACCCAGGAAACACGGCAACGGCUACCAGCAGGAUGUGGGGCUGUCCCCUACAGAGGAGCCCUGGGGGGCUGGCGAGUACCUGGAUUAUACCCUACCCCCUGACCAGGACCCUGAUGGUGACUACUGGGAGGAGACAACGGGGCUGGAGGUGAUUCCCCGCUCCCCCUGGGAGCCCUGGGCUGAGGAGGCUCCCAGCCCGCCCCCUGCCGCUCCGGGUGAGGACGAGGUGCUUGUGGAGGAGUACGUGACGGGGGAGGACACAGCUGUGACGGGGCAGGAGUACGAGUAUGUCUAUAAGGACUUUCCCGAGGGAGCCGAGCCAUCAGAGCUGGGGCCCGUGCUCUCCGCAGAGACCCCCCAGAACGGAGGCGCUGUGCGCGGAGUCAGAGGCUACAAAGGAGAGAAGGGAGAGCCGGCCGUCAUGGAACCGGGAAUGCUGGUGGAGGGCCCCCCCGGCCCUGAGGGACCUGCGGGCAUAUCGGGGCCGCCGGGCACACAGGGCCCCCCGGGACCCACAGGAGAUCCUGGCGAGAGGGGUCCUCCUGGCCGUUCAGGUCUCCCUGGCUCGGAUGGGACGCCUGGACCUCCUGGCACGUCUCUCAUGCUCCCUUUCCGGUUUGGGAGCAGUGGUGGAGACAAGGGGCCUGCGGUGUCAGCACAAGAGGCACAAGCGCAGGCCAUCUUACAGCAAGCCCGGAUGGCCCUGCGUGGCCCCCCAGGACCCAUGGGAUACACCGGCCGGCCUGGGCCCCUGGGGCAGCCAGGGGGCUCCGGGCUGAAGGGGGAAGCCGGAGACUUCGGACCCCAGGGACCCCGCGGGCCACAGGGCCUGUCUGGCCCCCCGGGGAAGCCUGGAAGGAGGGGUCGUGCUGGAGCCGAUGGUGCUCGGGGGAUGCCUGGGGAGCAUGGCGUUAAGGGCGACCGAGGCUUUGACGGGUUGCCGGGGCUGCCGGGGGACAAGGGGUACAGGGGUGAGACGGGUUCCCAGGGCAUCCCAGGCCCCCCUGGUGAGGACGGGCAGCGGGGAGACGAUGGAGAGGUUGGCCCCAGAGGGCUCCCUGGAGAACCGGGACCCAGAGGUUUGCUUGGACCCAAAGGCCCACCGGGGAUCCCUGGGCCUCUGGGCGUGCGUGGCAUAGAUGGUCCCAUCGGGCCCAAAGGGAACCUGGGGCCGCAAGGCGAGCCAGGCCCCCCAGGUCAGCAGGGAACUCCAGGCACCCAGGGAUUGCCUGGCCCACAAGGUGCUAUGGGGCCCCCCGGAGAGAAGGGUCCCAGAGGCAAACCUGGCCUCCCCGGCAUGCCGGGGUCCGACGGGCCUCCCGGGCAUCCGGGGAAGGAAGGUCCGUCGGGAACCAAAGGUAACCAGGGUCCGUCCGGUCCCCAAGGUCUGAUUGGCUACCCAGGCCCACGUGGUGUGAAGGGUCUGUCUGUCUUCACCGGUCUGUCUGUCUGUCUGUCUCUGCAGGGUGAGGACGGAUUUCCCGGGUUCAAGGGCGACUUCGGGGUGAAAGGAGACAGGGGCGAGGUGGGUGUCCCAGGAUCCAGAGGAGAGGAUGGACCGGAAGGUCCCAAAGGCCGGACCGGACCCUCGGGCGACCCGGGUCCCCUCGGACUGGUGGGAGAGAAGGGGAAGCUGGGCGUACCAGGUCUUCCCGGAUACCCAGGACGGCAAGGCCCGAAGGGAUCUCAGGGCUUCCCCGGAUUCCCUGGCACCAAUGGUGAGAAGGGUGCUCGGGUGAGUAACCCUCCAUCACCCCCCCAGCAUGGCUUCCCCCACCCCCGGCACGGCUCCCCCCACUGCCCCCCGGUGGAGUGGGGUCCAUGUUUCCCUCCGCAGGAGGCAUCCCCAUGUGGGAAACUGUUGGGGGGACCUGGGGGAGGGGGCUGCAGGUUCUGCUGGGGGGGGGCUGACACCCCCCCGCAGGGAUGGAUUGGAACUGGGACUUACUGGUGGGGCUGGGGUCCCAGGGGCCAGCGGGGGCCACGAGGAGCCACUGGAAAGCUGGGGGCGAAGGGCACCUCUGGUGGUGACGGUCCCCAUGGCCCUCCAGGGGAAAGGGGACUCCCGGGCCCCCAGGGGCCAAACGGCUUCCCCGGACCCAAAGGGCCACCGGGCCCCCCUGGCAAGGAUGGGCUUCCCGGGCACCCCGGUCAGCGAGGAGAAGUCGGUUUCCAAGGCAAGACGGGCCCCCCCGGCCCCCCGGGGGUGGUGGGACCUCAGGGCGCUUCUGGGGAGUCUGGUCAGAUGGGGGAGAGAGGUCACCCAGGCCCCCCCGGACCCCCGGGAGAGCAGGGCUUGCCAGGACCCUCUGGGGGACUGGUCGGAGCGCGGGUGCUGACGUCUCUCUCAUUUCAGGGUGAGCCUGGCGAGUCGGGGGCCCCCGGCAUCCCCGGGGAGCCAGGAGUCAAGGGCCCGCGAGGAGAGCGAGGGGAGAAAGGAGAAACCGGAGCCGCUGGCACAGCUGGACCCCCUGGAGGGAAAGGGCCCCCCGGAGACGAUGGGCCCAAGGGGAACCCCGGUCCUGUUGGUUUCCCAGGGGAUCCGGGCCCCCCAGGUGAAAUGGGCCCCAGGGGCCAGGACGGGGCGAAGGGCGAACGAGGCGAGGACGGGGAACCCGGGCAGCUGGGCUCGCCAGGCCCGACAGGAGAGAACGGCCCCCCAGGUCCCCCAGGGAAGAGGGGCCCCGCAGGCUCCCCGGGUCCCGAGGGGCGUCAGGGCGAGAAGGGCACUAAGGGCGAGCCAGGCGCCGUGGGACCUCCGGGCAAGACCGGCCCCGUGGGGCCCCAGGGACCAGCCGGCAAGCAGGGGCCUGACGGGCUGAGAGGCAUCCCUGGCUCAGUGGUAAGUAACAGCCAGUGCACGCCAGCAGGAUGCCUGGCACUAGGCCCCGUCGCGCCCCAGACCGAGGCCCCGCCCCCAGCAGGUGAAAAAGGCGGGAACACCGUCCCCCCGCCUCGCGCCCUGUUCGCCCUCACAGCCGCGCCUUGCACGUGCUCCCCCUCCUCCAUCCCUGUCUCCCACCCGGCGCAUGCGUAA